GAAUAGCAUCGCAUCUCAUCGCAUCUCAUAGCAUCAAACAGCACAAACAACAACAGCCAAGCGGCGGUCUGUUGCCGAGAAACCGCGAUGCUCCAUAAACUGCGGCGGAUUGCCCUUUGUGCCUGGUGUCUCCUCCCGCCGAGACCGGCCGUUGCAACCCCGACGCCCGGGAGUUCUUCCGGACACCACUCCCAAUCCCAAUCCCAUUCCCCGCCGCCGCAUCCGGACCACCGCAUCCUGAAAGACGUGACCCGAGCCAUCGGGGGGACCCCCCUCGUCGAUCUGUCCCGCAUUGUGGAGCGCUACGGGCUCGAGGGCCGGAUCCUCGCCAAGCUCGAGUACCUGAGCCCGGGGGCCUCCAAGAAGGACCKGAUCGCCCUCUCCAUCCUGGAAGCGGCCAGGGAGGAGGGCCUCCUGCAGCCCGGACAGCCGGUCGUCGAGCUGACGAGCGGCAACACGGGGACGGGGCUGGCCAUCGUGUGUGCGGUGUGGGGCCACCCCUUCGUGGCCGUCAUGAGCCGGGGAAACUCGGAGGAACGGGCGGCCAUGAUGGAGGCCCUCGGGGCCACCGUGGUCCUGGUCGACCAGGCARRGGAASCGGCUUSCACCGCAACAACAACGAAUGMRGCUGCUUGCAACAGAAGCACGAAAGAAUCCUCUUGUUGUGGCUACGGCAGGGUCACGGGGGCCGAUCUGGACAGGGUCGAGCAGCGAGCCUYUGAGCUGGCAACAUCGAUGGGGGCCUUUCGGGUCGAUCAGUUUGUCCGUGGGGCCAACCGMGAAGCCCACUUUUCGGGGACGGGGCCCGAGCUCUGGAGGGACAGCGGGGGAAUCCUCACGGACUUUGUCGAUUUCGUCGGCACCGGUGGAUCCUUUGGGGGCAUCGCRAGCUUCCUCAAGCGGSAGAGCGGGGGAGGGGUCCGGUGCUACGUCGUCGAGCCGGAGGGCGCGGCCGUGCUUAGGGACGCGGCYKCCGGUGUCGAGCGAGAGGACGGAUAUGCAUACGAGAGCCACAGGAUCCAGGGCGGUGGAUACCUGAAACGCGGGGACGACCUGCCACUGAUUCGCGGUGCAGAGGCAUCGCCAGCAAAGAGCGGCGGCGGCGGCGAUUGCAACAGAAAUGCCAACAGCGACGGCCUCCUGGCAGACGGAUACCUGACGGUAUCGGACGACGAAGCCAUCUCGGCCGCCCGGGAUCUGGCGCGAUACGAGGGAAUCUUUGGGGGAUUUUCGGGCGGGGCCAACCUCGCGGCGGCCGUCAAGCUUCUCCGGCGCCGAGCCUUGGAACGAAGGAACGAAUGCAUGCAACACCAAAACCGGCCGCCCGGGGACGACGUGGUUGCCAUCCUGGUAUGCGAUUCCGGCCUCAAAUACAUGUCGACCGAUUUGUGGAAACAAUGACCGACAGGGGACGCAACGCAAAAGCAGUCGAGAACGAACGAUUAGGAAUCCAAUACCGGAUUUCGAUUUCGUUCUAGAAAGCGACCAUAGGGAAUUCAAAAACCGCCCAUUGAGGUGGGUUGAGAAAACCCAGGACACAUACUACGAGAUAGGAGUGUACAGAUGCUGAAGAAUUCAAUCUUKCUUCUUCAAAGGCUUUCGAGCACGGGAAUGUCUUAGCACCAAUCUUGCUUGAAARCUUUCGGGAGUGGGGCUACUGGUGUUAUAUGGUGGUGCUGCUUCGAGAACAGUGAUUAGAGUUUCAACCCACUGGAGAAAAGAGUCACAACCUGAGAACGAUACAAUCAUGUGGAAUAUUUUCUGCUGCUGGAUGUUAUUCCAGAAAAAAUCCGGAGAUUUGCUGAACGUAUAACCCGUAUUGUACAAUGGAUUAUACUAGUACAAGAUAUGGCUGCGUAAGACGGCAAAACCAAUCUUUCCUUCAUGAGGAGGAUACUGGUGACUGGUGGUGAAUUUAUCAUUUAGUUAAUUAGUAUGAUCAAGAAAUGGAGUUUUAGUGU